UUUUAACAUAGAAAACAUUCUGUGAAUAUUUAGUUUUCUAUGAUGUGUAGAUAACUAGAUCUAGAUCUAAUAGUAGCCUACAUUGAAAUAACAGGAUUACCAAUCUUAGAUAUCUAAUUUUUAAAGGAUCCUACAUUGUUUUGGGAAUUUAAGCUUAUUCAGAGUUUAAAUAAAAUUUUUGUUAUCAGCGAUAAGCCAUCAUAAGCUGAUCUAAUUGAAAUGUCUGAAUCUAAAAGAAAAAAAAGUCCAUAUGAACAAGGAGAGCUGAAAUCAAGUCCUGAGAGACAUACAAAAAAGAAAAAAAGUAAAAAAAGCAAGAAAAUGCCUCUACCUCCAGAUGCGAAACUUCAUGUCGGGUCUGCAGAUGAUGAUGAUGAUGUACAAAUAAUGCGCAAUAAAUUGAAAGUGAGUAAAGACAUUAAACAGAGAACAGUUCAGCUUAUAAGUGAAGCUGUUGAUCAUGGGGAGGAAGAGGGUGGCAGUUUGACCAUCAAGCCACCACAGCUGCAAGCUAUGAAGCACAAGGACAAAGGACAUAAACAUAAACGAGACAAAAGAGGUCAUGAGAACAGUUCAUCCAAGGAGAGGGCACGUCUGGACAGAUCUGGCGAAAGGGAUAAGCACAGGGAUAAGCUAGACUUGUCUCGAGAUUUCAGGGAUGCCAGAGAAAUUGUCAGGGAAAGAAAGAAAGAGAGAGAGCUGAAAGAAAAAGAAAUAGCUCGAGAAAUGAGAGAGCGAGAGGCACGUAGAGAGUCCAACAAAGAAAGAGAGAGGUUAGAAAAGAUAGAACUUGAAAGAAGGAGAGAGAGAAUACUCAGGGAAGAGCAAGCGAAAGAGAAGGCACUGCGACACAAAGUUAGGAAAGACGAUCGAAGACAAAUUGGGGACAAUUCACGGAGAGACAGAGAGAAACUCAAAUUGGAAGAUCGUUUAUCAGAUGAGCACCACAGAAGUCGCAGCAGAGACCAUGAAAAAACACUAAGUGAAAAAACACGCUAUUUUCCACCACCUCCAAGGCUCCAUGAGGAUAAAAAUUCUAAAAAAGAAAGUAGCAAGAGUUCCCUAACAUUGACUGGGUCUGGAUCCAAGUCCUCUUUAAGACUGGAUGAGAAACAUCCGGAAGCAGAACAAGAUACAAGGAUGGUGGUGGUGGAGGAUGACUCAACAGACAAGUUUUACAAACCUAAAGAAAAGGAAAGACCAGACGAGACUGAAGUAAUGUCACGCCAGCCAGAAUCAGAUCCUCUGGAGGCCAGAGUAAAAGAUCAUGAAGAAGAGGAAGAGGCGGAGGAAGAGGAAGGUGAAGAAGAGGAAGAUGGAGAGGAUGAUGAAGAGGAAGAAAGUGAUGAAUCAGAUUCAGAUUCUGAUGACUCAAGUUCAGAUAGCAGCAGUGAUGAGGAGGACAGCAGUAAUGAGGAGGACACCAGUAAAGAUCACAACACCAGCGGAGAGAAAGCUGCCAACACAUCCAAAGAAGACGAGGAAGAGGAGGAGGAUGAGGAUGAAAAAGCUUCAGGUAAAUUGAGAUCAAAGUUUGAUGACCACUCUGAUGUUGAAAGUCAUGGUCACAGCACAGACCACAGCCCGGCUGACCAUUACGUUCCAGAGUCUCCAGAGAUGUCUGAUGUGGAGGCCAAACCUGAGGAUUCUUUACCUUUGUAUCUACCAGCUAUACAGGGCUGUCGAAGUGUUGAAGAGUUUAAUUGUUUGAACCGUAUAGAGGAAGGAACCUAUGGAGUGGUGUAUCGUGCUUUAGACAAAAAGACGGAUGAAAUUGUGGCCCUGAAAAGGUUGAAGAUGGAGAAAGAGAAGGAGGGCUUUCCCAUCACAUCUCUACGAGAAAUCAACACCUUAUUAAAGGCUCAGCAUGAAAACAUUGUCACAGUCAGGGAAAUUGUAGUUGGCAGCAACAUGGACAAAAUUUACAUUGUGAUGGAUUUUGUGGAGCAUGAUUUAAAAAGUUUGAUGGAAAAUAUGAAAAAUCCAUUCCUAGUUGGUGAAGUGAAGACAUUGCUAAAGCAGCUUCUAAGAGCUGUCAGACAUUUACAUGAUAACUGGAUCUUACACAGAGAUCUCAAGACUUCCAACCUGCUGCUAAGCCACAAAGGAAUCUUAAAAGUAGGAGACUUUGGGUUGGCCAGAGAAUAUGGUUCACCCUUAAAGGCUUAUACACCAAUUGUUGUCACAUUAUGGUAUAGGGCUCCAGAGUUGUUACUAGGUUGUAAGGAGUACACAACUCAUAUAGACAUGUGGUCAGUAGGCUGUAUCUUUGCUGAGCUGCUCCUAAUGAAGGCCUUGUGGCCAGGCAAGUCUGAAAUAGAUCAGAUCAAUAAAAUUUUUAAGGAUUUAGGAACUCCUACAGAAAAAAUCUGGCCAGGAGUAACUGAGUUGCCAGGUAUGAAGAAAGUACAGUUCAAUGAGAACCCAUACAAUUCAGUUAGAAAUAGAUUUGGUCCUUACCUGACAGAUCUUGGUUUUGAUUUGAUGAACAGAUUUUUUGCUUAUGAUCCUGCAAAGCGCAUAACAGCAGAGGAAGGAUUAGAGCAUGAGUACUUUCGUGAAUCUCCAUUACCUGUUGACCCAUCCAUGUUCCCAACCUGGCCAGCAAGGAGUGAACAGACCAGGAAACACUCCAAUUCACCCAAACCUCCAUCUGGUGGGAAAGCUUACCAGAAUAUGAUGGAUGAUGAAGAAAAUUUUGCUGCUGGUGGAUUCCACAUGCCAUCAGCAGCCAGAGGUGCCUCUGCGCAAGGGAUGGGCUUUUCUCUAAAGUUUUAACUUCACCUACACUACAAACAUUUUCUUCUGGAUACAAGACAUUACUGGAGUGCUCAGGGUUACUUUGUGAAGCAAACUUAUCAAGUGUCUAAAUGGGGUUAGGCUGACUCUAAAGUUGGGUAUGGUGUGUGUGUGUGUGUGUAAAUUGAGAAUUAGAAGCCAAUUUCAGUAGUUAGAAAAAAAAAAGUGUCACUUGUUGAGGUUUUAAGAAACACUUCCAAGAAGGGAGAGAAAAUGUUAAGUAUGAUGUCACACAAAGAAAAAAUUAAUCCAAAAGUUUUAUCCUGUAGAUUGUUCAUCAGAUAUUUCUGUUGAUGAUUCUUUUUUGUGUUACUGGACAACAAAUAGUAUUGUACUGUUCAAAACAAGAAUCUAUAGUGUCUAUACAAACAUUUUUUGUUUUCUUCAGUAAGUCCAUUAUUUUCUGUUUUCAGAAGACUUUCUUUAGUGGCCAGGCUGUCUGAAAGUCUAGAAAUAAAGGUCUUUGAUAAUUGUAUUUCUUAUUUCAGGUCCCAAUAAAAGGUCAUAAGGUCUUUAAAUUUUUAAAAAGUUGGGAAAAUUUUGAGUCUGAUUUUGUUCAAUAAAUAAAAAGAACAAACAAAUUAAAUAAUUUUGAUGAUGUUACUUUUGGAUUAGUAGAAUUUUUUUUUCAAUGCAGAGAUGGUUAUUUUCCAUAAAUUCCAGUAUUAUGGAUAGCAGAAUGUCGGCAUUAGAAAGAACAAAUUCUAAUUAUAUUAUUGAAGUUUCACAAAUAGUUUUGUUGAACACAAUGAGUAUAGUCAAGUCAGAGAAUGUAACACAUCCAGUGCUAGAGUUGCUGGUAUCAAUUUUUUGUUUCUGUCAGAGACCAUCCUUUUUUUUUUACACAUCUGUAAAGUCACAAGAAAACCUGUCAGGUGGACGAGUAACCAGUAUUCACUUAAGAUAAUUUUAUCAGUCUUAACAAAUGGACAACAGUUCCCCCCACCCCCCCCCUUCCGAAGUACUGCUUCCUAAAGAAGUUGUAUGCAUUCAGUCAUCUGUAGCAGAUGGUCAGAGCAACCUUUGUACUUUGUUACUGUUGAAUCUACCAAUAAAAUAAAUAAAAAAAAUAAA